AUGCAGCCUCAUCUUGCUUACAAGACUCCUGAGCCGGAACAUGGCAAACGUCCAUCGUCUGCAUAUCACUACCACUCUACGCCAUACAGCACCUUCUCACCAUUGGACACCACUGCUGAGGACUGGACCUCAGUCGAUACCCCACAUUCAAGCCCAGUAUCCCACCAUUCGCAUGUUAUGCCCUCAAACGUUGCUGGCCUGACUAUGGACGAUAAGCUAUCUCAAGUCUGCAUCUUCGCCAAGCGCCUUAUCCCCGGACGUUCUGAGCCUCUCCAUAAUGUAGCUGUGGGUGUGUGUGUCGACACUGGUAAGAUAACCUAUGUUGGACCUCAGACGCAGCUGCCAAAGGUGCUUGAAUCUGCGCCUCGGGUCCAAGUAGGCUACCUGAUGCCAGGUCUCUGGGACUGCCAUACCCAUUUCGCUGGGAUUAUUGAUGUUGACUUUCCUGCCAUGGUCCUGACUCAUCCCGUCACGUUGGGUGCCGCCAUCACCCGCAAUAUGCACGAGACCCUCAUGGCAGGCUUCACCUCGGUGCGAGACGUCGGCUCGUAUGCGACAGAGGUCGCUCCCUUGGUAGAAAAAGGUCUCAUUCUUGGGCCCAACAUUUUUGGAGCUGGUGCUGCUAUCGGUAUCACUUCAGGUAGCUGUGAUGCCUGUACCUUACCCGCCGACUAUGUCUACUCCCGUCAGGGGGGAGGUGGCGGCGGAACUCAGGACUUUUGGCCAGGAGUAUCUAUACUUGCCAUUGCCGAUGGAGUAGAUGAAUGCCGCCGCGCUGUUCGCCAGCAAAUCCGAAGGGGAGCAAGCUGCAUCAAGAUUGUCACCACUGGUGGUGUCUUGAGCCGAACGGACGAUCCACAUUGUAGGCAAUACUCGGAUGCUGAGCUUGCUGUUAUGAUAGAGGAGGCAUCCCUACAUAACCGUGCUGUUGCGGCUCACGCGCACGGAAAAGCAGGCAUUAUGGCAGCCGUCAAAGCAGGCGCUCACACUAUUGAACAUGGGAGUUACCUAGACGACGAAGCUGCCGAGUUGAUGGUCAAGCAUAACACCACCUUUAUCAGCACGAGAUACGUCCUUGAGGCAAACUUGAAGCAACUCGACUCCCUCAAUCCCGAAACAGCUGAAAAGAUGGUCGGAAUAGCCAAGGUUCAUCUCGAGGCUUACAGGACAGCUGUGCGUCACGGAGUCAAGAUUGCUCUUGGCACUGACAUCGCCGGCUCAGACCCAACAUCCCUAACUGUCCAUGGUCAGAACGGCCAUGAAGUUGCAUUAGCCGUUAAGGCUGGCCUCACGCCUCUCCAGGCCAUCGAUGCUGGAACUAUCAACUCGGCCGAGACGCUGGGACGCUUGACACCCCAGAAAGGCCUGGUGCGUAUUGGAUGGGAUGCUGAUCUCAUUGCACUUGACGAGGAUCCCCUAGAGAACAUCCAUCUGUUUGAUAGCGAGAAAAAUAUUAAGUACGUUUGGAAGGGUGGAAUGCUUGUCAAGUCACCCACGGGUCAAAUGAUCUGGCCACCCAAGAGAGAGUCUUACAAGUAG